CACAUCAGCCAUUCCUCUGCCCCGUCUCUCUCAUCUAACCACCUUCUGCUCCGCCGUCCACCGCCGCGGCUGCUGCUCUCCUUCCCCUCCCCUUAGGGUUUCUCCUUUCCCCCCAUAUUCCGAUCAUCUCUUCAUAAUCAGUUCACGCAUUUACGUAGUACAUCGAUAGAUUGCUUCGGUACGGACACGGCGAGUGUGUAUAUCUUCGUAUGAAUCUGUAGGCUGUAACAAGGGUUUCGUUUUCCGUUGUCCUUCUUCUUCAAUGGCGACGGCACCGGUGAAACCGCUGCAUAACUUCCCCGUCUCGCUGAAAUGGGGCAAAACGGCCACGCUCGCCGCCGGUGGUAGCAACAGCACCGGUCGUCCUGCUCCGCCGCCGCUACCGAACGAAUCGGAGACGGAUUCUGAUCCCGAUGCUUUCCGAAGGCAGCAUCGUCCGCCACCUCCGCCGCCUGCUGGUGCUGCCGUGACCACUCAUCGGGUCGGAUCCCGGUCCGUCAGGCAGCAGCGGUUCUCCUUCAGCUCGUGCUCGAGCAUACUCCAGAAGCAGCAGAUGACGACGGCGACGAUGGUCGAGAAGGAAGCGGCGGCGACGACGGAAGAGCAGCUGCGGAAGGGAGUCGUCGCGGUUCCGGAACGCAACAAGGAAGUGGAAACUGGCGGUGGAGGAGGAGAGGCGGAAGAAGUAGAAGAGGAAGGGAAUCAUCAGAGGCCAUGGAAAUUGAGGCCGAGAAGGGGCCUCUAUUGCUCCUCCGUCGGUGGCGGCGGAGGUGGUGACCCGAUGAUGCAGCAAUCGAAGGACAAACCGCAGCAACAAACACCGGCGAAAUCGAUGCGACUGAGAGGAUUGGCGGAGGAUGUUGGCGGCGGCGGCAGCGGCAGCGGAGGAGGAGGAGUGUCUUUUGAGAAGAAGGAGAAGAGGAAGUUCUGGAUUGCUCUGUCGAAGGAAGAGAUUGAGGAGGAUGUGUUUAUCUUGACCGGUUCCAGACCCUCCCGCCGGCCAAGGAAACGCCCCAAGAACGUCCAAAAAUCGGUUGAUAACGUCUUUCCUGGUUUGUGGUUGGUGGGAGCCACAGUGGAUUCAUACAGAAUUCCAGAGAGCCCGAUUAAGAGGUAGAGAUACCUAGAGCUUACAGGUGGUUGUUUUUGGGAGAGAGCUCUUUGGAGGUUAGAGAGGAGUUGCUUGCUAUGCUGCUCUCCAUGGCGGAUUUUGUGUAAAAAGAGGGUGCUAAAGAAAACUAGUCUCUUUGAUGCAUAGUGACUUAUUAGCUAUAGUUUGAUAUGCCAUUUUGUGCGGCUCCCUUUGCCAUGCCAUGCGAUGCAGAGCGGAGUGGACAGAGGUUUAUAGUCUUUUGCAGUGAUAGUAUAUUACAAUGUCGGGCAGAAUAUACAGGGAAAGGAAAAAUGGAUGCACAGGUGAAAGUUAAUGGCUUUUCUUUUAGUUUAGUUCUUCAGCAAAUGGGGAAUUGUUGUGUUUUCAGCUUGCUGAAUAUUUAUGUUACUUGCUUGGAGAUAUUGGCUGAUGAUGCCUUACCCUGGGUUCUUCUAAUGUUUUGGAGGACUUGUUAUUCAGUUCAGCUUAUCUGACAUUUUAGGGAGCAAGUAAUACCUCCAGUUGUUGAGCUGUUUAGUAGAUUUUGAAGUGUAGUGAUGUUUUCUUGCAAGGGGUUUGUAGGAUAUUGCUCUCUUAUUGGCCGUGCUCAUUUCGCAUUUUCAGUCUGCAAUAGUACCCUUCUUCUUGCUUCUCAGUCUGUCUUGCUAUCAGUUAUAGGGUGUGUAGGAAGAAGAGGUAGUAGGGUUGGACAUCAUUUGCUAGCUCUCUGAGGUUACAUGGUUGGUCUGCAUAAUUUGAUCCGGUAAGGAAUUGGUGGAUAGCAACAGUAUAGUGCUAGGCUUAAUCAAGUCUGUGUGGUUUCAGGGCUUUUGCUUAGUUCAUUUGCAUAACUCUGCUGCAUCAAAAACUUGAAUUCAUGGGAGUGCAGAAGAAGGGGGUUUGCAGUGUGUCCACAUUGAACUUUAUGUCCAGUUGCAGAAGAAGGGGGUUUGCAGUGUUUCUUCUCUCGUCUUGGCAUUGCUGCUUUUGACUAGGGUCUAGGGUUUGAUUAAGAAAAAUGACAUGGGUUCUAGGGUAUUUGGGCCUGGUGUUCAUAUCAACACUUUUUUAAUUUUGUGUAGGUUUUUCCCUAUCAGCAGCCGAAUUAUGCCAUGGGUUGAAGGUGCCGGUUUAGCAAGUGGGAUGGUUCGAUCGGUGGCACAUAUCGGUUUGUGCCGGUUCAUGUCGGUCAAUAUUACAAAUAAAAUUAUAAUUACUUAUAUUUAAACAUGAUAUUUAACGUCAAAACUUAAACAUUUAUACUUGAAUCCAACAAAUAACAUCAAUAUUUAAGUUUUAUACUCAUAAAAUAAAUAAUAAAUUUUUUUUUAUCAAUUAAACUCACUAAAAUAAGGCCAUUUUACUUAGAGAUUCGUAUAUCGAUCAUGUCGGUCAUACUCGUGAUGUCACGUCGGUUUUAUGACCGGUUUCAACCGGUGGCACGCCAACCAGCGUGAUAACCAUGCUUGGGUUGAAUCAAUUAAUGAUGGAUUUCAAUUUUCAAUUCAGGCUCCACUCAAACCUAUGAUUAAAAUUGAGUCGGGCCGAUUUUUUUUAUUUUUUUGUCUUAGAUAUUCACAAAAGAAAACAAAUAGAUACGAAUCAGAAGCUUUUUUAGGCAAUUGUUACAAGACAAAAUUAAAGAGGGCGAUGGUCAACCAUAGGUCAAGCCAUCGAUAAGAGAACAUUUUUUGUCACGCUGGUCAAAUUUCGUGUAAUACAGUUAUAUGGUCUAU